AUGAACUUGCUAGUAGCUGCACUCCCAUUCCUCGUGCUAUGUGUCAACGCUCAAGACGUUUUUAACUGCAAUCGUACAGGGACGUGUCCUGCUGGCCUUCGAUGCUCUGAAGGAAGAUGCAUAUCUCGCCGGGACUGCCCAGCAAGAGGAAUUCCUCAGGUUCCACUUGGAUGCAAAUUAGAAACAAAGAUUGAUUUGAAGGGAUGUCCGAAAACAAAAAUAGUUUGCUAA